AAAGAUGACAAAUGGCACACUUGUAUCCCGACCAAUCAACAUCAAAGUUACUAACACGUCAGAAAUCGUCCGCAACAAGCAACGUUAUAGUCCCCCAACCGACUCCACAGAUGUAACGUGCACGUCCCCACACUUUAUUCCUUCCUUUUUCUCUCACAUAGAUCCAAAAACACUCCCAUCUUCCAAAUCAAAUUUCACAAUAUUCCCAUUUUUUUCCGAUCACCGGAAAAUCACAUUUCUCUCUACCUUUAUUUCCUCCUUGUACGGCUGUCGGUGGUGGAUGGCAAGAACCAAUAAAUAUACCUCCCUUAAUUUCAACGACAUCUACGAGAAAAAAACCAAACCCACUAGUAGACCAAACUCCUCUUCAUCAUCAUCUAAUAAUAAGACUAUUAUUUCUAACUCUCGUAUCCAUGGACAUAUGCUUGUUUUAAGCCGGCCUACACCUAAGCCCAUAUCCGUUCCCCAACCCGAACCCGGCCCGAUCCAUCAACAACAACAACAACCUCCUAAUAAGUUACAGAGCCCACCACCGGAUCAAAAAACCCGAGCUGAACCGGAAUCGGAUUCCAUUUCGCUUCGUCCACAGGGCCGUACCGGGUCAGGGUCUGGGUCGGGUCAAACUAUAGUUUCUUCGUCACCUUUGCAAAAGUCGAACCGGUUUGUGCCGCCACAUCUUAGACCGGGAUUUGUUGGGCGGGAGGAAAAACCGGUGCCGGGUCAGGGAGUGAGAGGUAGACCGGAGGUUGUUGGGCCUGGGCCUGGGAUACAUCAACAUCAUCAUAAUCAGGGAAAUAUGGAAAAUGGUAGGCCCAAAUCGGGAGGUGGGUAUGAAAGGAUGAACAGGGAUUCAGUGAACUUCAUGAAUAGGCCUAGAUCUAGUGGGGCUAGGCCCAGUUCUAGUGGAUGAUGCCAUCAUGGUUAUGAGAAACUUUGAAGAUCAUCUGAGUUAUUUGUUUUCCAUUUGGACAUUUUUGGAAAAAGUCUUCGAAAUCUCUUUUGGAGAAAAAGUUUGUACAAAAAGAACUUGCAUAGCUGUAGCUUUGAAGUUCUGUUUGUGUUUUGUUAUUGGAAGGAGACUCAAAGGACUUCACUCAAAAGUUUCUUUAGAGAACUUUUAGUGUGCUGGUUUGUGCAAAUCUUUUGCAAAAUGUGGAGGUAUUUUUUUUGAGAUAAGAUGUUGAUUCAAGAUAAAGAAAAUCACAAAAGUUGAAGAAAUAUUGAAGAUCUGUUGUUCACCGAGCUCGCUAAUUAAAAAAAUCUGCAACUAUUCUCAAAAUAUCCAACUGAAAUACAGUUGGAUCGAAAUAAUGGUGUGCUUAGAUGUGGCUGCUUAGAGGUCAAGGAAUAUAGACGUUCUAUCAAUGGAUUGUCUGAUGCAUCCAAUGUGGAGAUGGACCAACAUUUCCAUUGGUAACGAGAGCGUGAGGUAGGUCGAUAUUUCUGUUGGCAACUUGGGUAUCCAAGCCUAUGAUGAGUACUUCGGUGUUUGGGUUGUUGCAGUCUUACUAAGUUCAAUCACUACAGCUUUUUUAAACUCUACACUCUUUUUUUUUUUUUUUUUGGUGUUUUGGGGGUUGGGGGGGAUGCUCUGAAUUCAUUCAAGAUGUGAACUCGAAUUGAAGAAGACGGAUAGAAGAUUUGCCAUCUAGCACAUGGGAAAGGGGUUUGUACUGCUUUUCACAUAGACUUUACUCAAUUGUGCGUUGGGUCAAAUCAACACCCCCGGUGGAAAUCAUAUCUACUUGUGGUUCAAGCUUUCAUCCAUGCCAUACCUAUACUAUACCUGAGCAUUGACUUCAUGUAAUGUAAAGUGCAGCUAUUACUGAGGUUUCCUUGCCAUGACUAGAAGUCUAGAAUUAUUAAUCUGAGGUUUUAUCAUUGCCUGCCUUAAAGCAGCGCGCUGUUGUAAUCUGUGUUACUAUGUUUGGUUGGAGAGAGCCGGAUCCAUAAACUGUUAUCAAACCAUUUUGAUCACGUUACUCGUAAAAGCAUGCAUGUUCAAUUAUAUUUUGUUUGUUUAUUUGGUUCUUGAGACCGAACUCGGGUCUAUAAACGUAGCGAAUAAUUUUUUAUGUUCUGUAAGAGGAAAGCUGCUUUCGAAUAAGCUGAAAGUUUUAUGAAUGACAGUUGCACUGAUAGUGCCAAUCA